GAAAAAAAUAAUUUGUGGUCAUAUGACAUUUGUGUGGUGGUUGGUCGAUAAGAAGUGAAAAAAUUCCUAAAAAUCACAUUUUGUGGAAUUUCAAAAUCAGUUUCUACAAAAAAACUAAAGAGAAAAAACAAAUUUCAUCAAACUACUAAAUUUCCAGUCCAACCAAAACCAUUUACAACAAUGACUGGCUUUAUGUUCAAUAUCGAUGGUGGCUACCUUGAAGGGCUUUGUCGUGGAUUCAAGUGUGGAAUACUAAAACAAGCUGAUUACUUAAAUUUGGUGCAGUGUGAGACAUUAGAAGAUUUGAAACUCCACCUUCAAGGCACUGAUUAUGGUUCUUUCCUCGCUAACGAACCUUCGCCACUUUCUGUUUCUGUUAUCGAUGACAAACUACGAGAGAAACUCGUUAUUGAGUUCCAGCACUUGCGCAAUCAUGCUGUAGAGCCUUUGGCUAGCUUCUUGGAUUUCAUCACUUAUGGUUACAUGAUUGAUAACAUUAUUCUACUCAUCACUGGUACCCUCCAUCAGAGACCAAUUUCUGAACUUAUCCCAAAAUGUCAUCCCUUGGGUAGUUUUGAACAAAUGGAAGCCAUUCAUGUGGCUGCUACUCCAGCUGAGCUGUACAAUGCCGUCUUGGUCGAUACUCCACUUGCCCCAUUCUUUGUCGAUUGUAUUUCCGAGCAGGACUUGGAUGAAAUGAAUAUCGAAAUCAUUCGUAAUACAUUGUACAAGGCCUAUUUGGAGGCUUUCUAUGAGUUCUGCAAAAAGAUUGGUGGAUCUACCACAGAUGUCAUGUGUGAAAUUUUGGCUUUUGAAGCUGAUCGUCGUGCAAUCAUCAUUACUAUCAAUUCCUUUGGAACUGAGCUGUCCAAGGACGAUCGUGCCAAGUUGUACCCACGUUGUGGUAAAAUGAACCCAGAUGGUCUAGCUGCUUUGGCAAGGGCCGAUGACCCUGAUCAAGUGAAAGCUGUUGCUGAAUAUUACGCAGAGUAUGCUGCCCUCUUCGAUGGUUCUGGACAGAACCCUGGUGAUAAAACUCUCGAAGACAAAUUUUUCGAACACGAAGUCAAAUUGAACGUUUACGCGUUUUUGCAACAGUUCCACUUUGGUGUAUUCUACGCUUAUUUGAAGCUCAAAGAACAAGAAUGCCGAAACAUCGUUUGGAUUGCCGAGUGUGUCGCACAAAAACAUCGCGCGAAGAUCGACAACUACAUUCCAAUCUUUUAAAUGAGUUCAGUUCAUUUAUUAAAAAAAUUAUUAAUAACGUAAACAAAUAUACAAACAACUUAUUGGAAUUUGUUGUCUUUUAUUGUGUGAAUAUAAAUAUAUAUAUAUAUUAUACUAAAAUUAAUAAAGUAAACAAAGAAUACAACUAAAUUAUGUGCAUACACAACCAUACACACAAACAAACACACACACUUGUUUCAUGAGUCCUGACAUUCCUUUGUAUCCACCAAACCGAGAUUGGAAUAAAAUCAAAAAUCAGAAAAAGAAAUGUUUAUAAAAGUUAUCAAAAUUAUUAUCAACUAAAAUGAUUAAAUUCAUAGUAUUAUUUGAAAAAAAAACUCUGUUUGACGAUAAAAAAGAUGUUAUUGUUUGUUUAUUUGUUUUUUUUUUUUUAUAAAAGUAUUUGUUUUUUCUUUGUAAAUAUUCUAGAAUGUUCAUAUUAUAAAUACAAACCAUGUAAACUAUAAAAAAAAGAAUAAUCUAAAUUUGUUUGUUUUAUAUUAACUAACAGAUUAAACCAAAAACGUUAUAUUUUGUUUAAUUUUCUGUUCUGAUUCUCUUGGUGUUGUAUAAAAAUAAAAAUUUCGUUGAAUUUUGCGAA